UGGAAUGUAGAGAAGGUGAUUGCUUGGUUAAUUAAGCUUGGAUAAAUUUACAAAAGAUUUAACUGUUUACAUCUGCCAUUUUAGAUGUUAAGCAAGAUCACAGAUGAAAGAAACACAGUGUUAAAUUAUUCUCCGAAUAUACUGACACAACUGAACACAGUUAUAUUCAUAGAAUUGAAAACAUCAUUAUCAUUGUGAUAUGUAUGAGAAAUUAUUAUCUUAUAAUGAAUAAUUUAACAAAACCAAAGAAAACUAAUUCAGGUGAGAGACCAUAUCACUGUGAUAUCUGUGGUAAAACAUUCACUGAAGAAAGAGUCUUAACCAAACACAAAUGCAUUGAUACAGGAGAGAAACCACAUCACUGUGAUAUCUGUGGUAAAUCAUUCUCUCAAAGUGUUUCCUUGACUAUUCACGUACGUACACAUACAGGAGAGAAGCCAUAUCAUUGUGAUAUUUGUGAAUAUCACAUCAUGUUGACGUUAAAGAAAUCUCUCCAUUCAGAUGUGCCUCUGAUAUUUCUAUUGACUUUCAUCAAUUAAAGGAAGACCAUAUAUUCAUAAGGCACAUUCAUUAAUGCAUCAACGACAAACGAUAAGAAAAUAUUUCUUCUACGAUGGAAUUGAUAGCAACAUUCACUUGUCUUCGCUGUUUGGAAUGUAGAGAAGGUGAUUGCUUGGUUAAUUAAGCUUGGAUAAAUUUACAAAAGUUUUAACUGUUUACAUCUACCGUUUUAGAUAUUAAGCAAGAACACACACGAAAGACACAUAGUGUUAAAUUAUUCUCUGAAAAUACUGAACACAGAUAUAUUCAUAGAAAUGAAAAAAUCAUUAUCAUUGUGAUACAUAUGAGAAAUUAGUAUCUUAUAAUGAAUGAUUUAAGAAAACCAAACAAACCUGAUUCAGGUGAGAGGCCAUAUCACUGUGAUAUCUGUGGUAAGUCAUUCUCUCAAAGAGGUUCCUUGACUAGCCACAUACUUACACAUACAGGAGAGAAGCCAUU